UGACUGCAUUGGUUUAGCUUACGACGCUGUCACGUGAUGAACGAAGGAGUCAAACCCGAAGACUCGAGAGGUGAACUAAUCAAUUCUCUUUCCGGCUCUGACUGCAUUGGUUUAGCUUACGACGCUGUCACGUGAUGAACGAAGGAGUCAAACCCGAAGACUCGAGAGGUGAACUAAUCAAUUCUCUUUCCGGCUCUGACUGCAUUGGUUUAGCUUACGACGCUGUCACGUGAUGAACGAAGGAGUCAAACCCGAAGGACUUGUCAGAUAAGAGGUGUGGUGAGCUAAUCAUAGACUAAAGACCCAGGUAAACAAUGAAUUAAUCUUUUCUGUUUCUUAUAGCAUUAUAGUUUUGUAUUGUUUGUAAUGUGAUCAACGUUUGCAUAAUGAACGAAAUGAACGAUAUGACUCGAAAAAAGAUUCGUUCAUUUUGCUGAACGAGACUCAAAGAUCCGAGUCAGUAAAAUGAUCCGAAUUCCCAUCACUAUUGCUGAACAGCUAGAUGAAGGCUACAGGAUUGGCAUUAGAAGGCACAAUGAAGAGGUCACAAAAAAUCGACACAUCCUGUCUAGAAUAAUAGACUGUGUAAAAUUUUGUGGCGCAUUUGAGCUGGCUUUGCGUGGCCACAAUGAGAGCGAGAGCUCAGAUAACCCCGGGAUAUUCCGUGGCUUGGUCGACUUUGUUGCUUCUCUUGAUGGAGUUUUGAAAGAGCACCUCGAGAAUGCCUCUGUGUUUAAGGGAACUUCGAAAACCGUGCAGAACGAGCUGUUGGACUGUAUGUUGUCUGUUAUGAGGGAACACAUAAUCCAAGAAGCACAAAACAGCGAUUUUCUAUCAAUCCAGGCCGACGAGACCACCGAUAUUGCCACACAGUGCCAACUUGUGCUUGUGCUGCGCUACAUUGAUGGCAAAAGCAACGUACAGGAGAGGUUUUUUGCUUUUAUUCAUCUGCAUUCAACUACAGCUGAUUCCAUCGCUACAGCACUAAAAGAGCAUCUUACUGUCAUCCUUCCAGAGGAUCAGAAGAGUAAACUCAUCUCCCAAGCGUAUGAUGGAGCCAGCGUGAUGAGAGGUGCCACUGCAGGUGUUCAAAGGAAGAUUCAAGAUGUGUACCCAAAUGCCCAUUACAUCCACUGCUAUGCUCAUCAGCUCAAUCUAAUAAUGCAAAAGGCCACUUCUCACAUACCCAAAGUUAGAAUUUUUUUUUCUAACCUUGGAGGAUUUGCCAGCUUUUUUUCAAGAUCACCCAAGCGCACAGAUGUUCUUGAUAAAGUAGUUGCCCAUAGACUACCAACAUCAAGCAGUGUUAGAUGGAACUUCCACAGCCGUGCCAUCAAUACAGUGUUUGAGCACAGAGAGGGCCUCAUUCGCUGUUUUGAAACUAUUCGAGACUCAGGUGACUUUGACCCUGUUACCACCAGAGAGGCAGGAGGCUUUGCCAUGCUGCUGGAGGAUCAGGAUUUUAAUUUUUUUCUGCAACUUUUCCACAACAUCAUGCCACACGUGGACAUCCUCUAUGCCAAACUCCAGAAGAAGGACAUAGAUUCAGUCCACAUUAAGGGGAGCAUCCAGCAGUUCCAGCAGGACAUACAGAAGAUCAGAAAUUCUCUCCAUUCUCUGGUUAACCAAAGCAGUGAAGGAGCUUCUCAACCAAAGAGGCGGCGGUUGCUUAGUCCAGACGUCCAUGAACGGAUUGCAACAGAGGUCUGUGACACCAUACUCCAACACACCAUGGAACGGUUCUGCUUCACAAGCCACCUCGUUAGUGCCACCCUGCUGCAAGCAGACAGGUUUGAACAGUACACAGUGGCGUUUCCUGAAGAUGCACUGAGUAGGACUUUGAAGGCCUAUCCAGUGCUCAAUGGGAGUAAGCUAAAGACAGAGCUUAGUCUCAUCUACUACAAGGAAGAGUUCAGAACCUGUUGUGGUGCUGUGGACCUACUGCAGCUGUUUAAGGAGAACAAUCUUGAAGAAGUCUUUUCAGAGACUGUCACUCUCCUAAAGAUCCUCAUCACCACACCCAUGACCACAGCAGAGGCUGAGAGGUGUUUCUCAACUUUGAAAAGAGUUAAGACUUUUCUGAGAAAUAGCAUGACCCAGGAGAGGCUAAAUGCAUUGGCCAUGCUGUCAAUGGAGAAGAGAAUGGUGACUGAGAUCAUUGACUUUAACCAGAAGGUCAUUGAGAAAUUUGCAAGUCAGAAAGAAAGGAGAGCAAAAUUUAUUUUCAAAUAGUGUUAAUGGCCAAUGAUUAGGUAACUAUAGUGUGUUGUGUUUUUUGAAUGAUUACCUUGAUUACUUCAUCACUGAUAAUAAACCCACAUUCAAUUCAAAUUCACUGAUUCAUAGUACAUUUAUUUGCAUGUAUUAACAUUGACUGUAAUAAUGAUACAUCACCUGAUUAAUGGCUAUUUAUAGUCCUGCAUUACUGACAGUUGUUGUUUGCGCCCCCCCAAAUAUUUUUAGCACCAGCCUCCACUGAUAAU